AUGGAUUUACGAACGACGAACGACACUCAAAGCAAUUGCCCAAAGUUAAACUGGAAAAAGCUUUCAGAACUUUUGAUAUUUAUUGAAGAAAAUUUCCGACAGCGUUCAGCGAAAGGAACAUUGAUGUGGGUUGCUUAUCCAUUGAUUCAAAAUCCAUGCUGUAAAAGUUUGCCCAUAAAGACUUGGUAUCCUGUGAAUGUGGCAGAAUUUCCUAAUUAUCAAAUAGCUUACAUUUUGCAAUUUUUCGGGCAAAUUUAUGUAGCGAUUGGCUAUGGCAUUUGUGGUGGACUUUACGUUUCAAUUAUUUUGCUGCUUUGUGGUCAAUACGAUAUUUUGUAUGCCAGUUUGAAAAACCUCGAUGAGUUUCCUGAUACUGAAAUUUCCAAUGAUUCCUAUUUAAAAGAUGUGGUUAAACCACUUACAUCACUUCAUGAACAUAGAGAACACCGACACUUGAAUGAAGAUGAACAAGAAUGUAAUCAGUAUUUUGUCUCUACCGAGAAGUACGACGAUUCCGAGAAUAUGUUAAAAUUUUCAAGCAAAGCAAUCAAGGGUAGAAAAACUUUGUCUGAUUGCGUUGAACAUCAUAACAUGAUUUUGCACACUGCAAAAAUGAUUGAAAAUUACUUUAAAUGGCUAAUUUUACCGAGAUUCACCUUCACAACUCUUUUAUUAUGUACUUUGGCUUAUGUUCUAUCAACAAUGGAAGAAUUCUCAGUUGGUAAAAUUGCAUCUUUACUCAUUUACAUGGCAUUAAGUGCUUCAGAGUUGUUGCUGUUCACUUAUUCAGGUGAACUUUUGAAACAUCAUAGCUGUCGUGGCAGUGAAGCAUUGAUGAGAACAAAAUGGGAAACUUUUGACGCUACAUUACGUCGGGACAUGGUGUUAGUUCAGAGAAUUGCUGCAAAACCAAUUAUAAUGACAGCUGGUGGGAUGUUUUACAUAAACAUGAAUCAGUUUCGGUCAGUGAUAAGUUCUGCUUUUUCUGUUUUUACUCUGUUGCAGAACUUGAAAGAAAAAAGUUCUUAA